UUUUUUUUAUUUCAUUUUAUAGUAUAUAGUCAAUGUCUUUUGAUCAAAAUAAAAAUGAUUCAUCAUCUAAUGAUUUGAUGACAUCUUGGAUAUCUGCUUUGAUAUUUGGUAGUGAUCAAAAACCAUCUUCUCCUUCAAGACCUCAAUCAUCUAUACCUCAACUACAACAGCAACAACAAGAAGAAGAAGAAGUACAUGAUUUCCAAAGACCAUUAUCAUAUCCUCAACCAUCAUCAUAUCAUUCUACUGAAUAUCAUCCUACUGAAUAUUCAAUAUCGCGACAACCAAGACCUCUUCCAUUAUCUCCACCUCCUAUUUUACCAUCCAAUUAUCAACAUCCAUAUCAUCAACAACAACAAACCUAUCUACCAAGUCUUGAUAUACCAUCCUUGACCUCUUCUCUUCCCAAUCAACCGUUAUCUCAAGUACUAUCAUCAGUGCCACCACAUUUAUCAUCAUCUACUUUAUUUAACUCUCCUUCUUAUGAUUCUGCCACCACAUUGAAUCAAUAUAAUAAUAAUAAUGAUGAUGAUGAUGAUGAAAUCCCCACUGAUAAAAGAUCAAAAAUGCAUUAUGGUCCAGCUCCCUUACGUACAACAAGAAGAUAUGCGACAAAACGUUUAUUAUUAACUCGAGGUAAUCUGGUGGUGGAAAAUGCAGUGCCUAUGACCUUACUUAGUCAAGUACCUCGUAAAGAUGAUGAUGAAUUCAAAAAGAUGCGAUAUACAGCAGCAACUUGUGAUCCGGAUGAUUUUGUGUCUAAUGGAUUCAAAUUACGACAACAAUUGAAUAUACCAAGGGAAACUGAAAUACAUAUCGUCAUCACAAUGUACAACGAGGAUGAAUACUUAUUUGCAAGAACAAUGCAUGGUGUAAUGCAAAAUAUUAGAGAACUUUGUGCAAUGAAACAUUCAAAAACAUGGGGACCAGAAGGUUGGAAAAAGGUUGUAGUCUCAAUUGUGGCCGAUGGAAGAAAGAUCAUUCAACCUCGUGUUCUAUCUAUUUUGGCAGCUAUGGGUGUUUAUCAAGAAGGAUUGGCCAAGAAUAUUGUGGAUAAUAAACCAGUGACAGCUCAUAUAUACGAAUAUACAACUCAAAUUUCUUUUGAUGAGAAAUUAAAACGCCGUGGUGCUAGUAAGGGUAUUGUACCAGCUCAAAUUCUCUUUUGUCUCAAGGAAAAAAACGCCAAAAAGAUCAACUCACAUCGAUGGUUCUUCAAUGCAUUCAGUCAAUCUCUUCAACCUAAAGUAUGUAUUCUUUUAGAUGUUGGAACUCAACCUGGACCAUAUAGUAUUUACCAACUAUGGAAAGCCUUUGAUCGAGAUCCUCAAAUUGGUGGUGCUUGUGGUGAAAUUCGUGCCAUGUUGGGACCUGGAUUCAAAUACCUUCUUAAUCCACUUGUUGCUGCUCAAAACUUUGAAUACAAGAUGUCCAAUAUUUUAGACAAACCCAUGGAGUCAGUACUGGGAUACAUUGCGGUUCUUCCUGGUGCGUUUUCAGCUUAUCGAUAUUGUGCCAUUCAAAACGAUGUCAAUGGGCAAGGUCCUCUGGAAAAAUACUUUAAAGGUGAAACGUUACACAGUAAUCAUGGCAAACAGGAAGGUGGUAGUGGUUUAUUUGAAGCAAACAUGUACUUGGCUGAAGAUCGGAUUCUAUGUUUUGAACUGGUGGCCAAAAAGGAUGAAAAAUGGUUACUGCAUUACUGCAAAUCUGCCUCUGCGACUACGGACGUACCGGAUCAUCUCGCUGAAUUUAUCUCUCAACGCCGAAGAUGGCUGAAUGGAAGUUUCUUUGCUGGUGUCUAUGGCUUGUGGCACUUUGCCGCUCUUUGGCAAAGCCGACAUUCUUUGACUCGAAUGAUACUUUUGACAAUUGAAGCUAUUUACAAUGUCAUCAGUCUCCUCUUUAGUUGGCUCGCCUUGGCAAAUCUUUAUAUUACUUUCUUCUUUAUUACCAAAAGUUUGGCGGAUCCUGAUACAGGUCCUUUUUUCAAUGACUGGGGUGCUCGAUUAUUUGAUAUCUGUCGUUUCUUUUAUUUAUUCCUUUUGUUGGUGAUUUGUAUUUGUUCUAUGGGCAAUCGACCUCAAGGAGCAAGAUGGUUGUUUAUGGGAUGUUUGAUUGGCUUUUCUUUGAUUAUGGCUUAUAUGAUAUUUGGAUCAUCUUGGCUUGUCUAUAGAGGAAUCAAGUUGGCUGCGGAGAAUACUAACUGGACAAAUGAUACGGGAAUAAAUGCACUUUUGGUGUUACGCAAUGAAAAUCUUCGCAACAUGGUGAUCUCUCUUAUGGCUACCUAUGGACUUUACUUUAUUUCUAGUGUCAUCUAUCUUCAACCGUGGCAUAUUUUUACAAGUUUACCUCAAUAUCUCUUAUUGUUACCUGGUUACGUUAAUAUAUUGAAUAUUUACGCCUUUUGCAAUACACAUGAUGUUAGUUGGGGUACCAAAGGUGAUAAUACAAUAGCCAAAGAUCUAGGUGUGGUUACCAAAGUAUCCAAGGAAGAAGGCGAAGUAGAAUUAGAAUUACCUACUGAUCCUCAAGAUAUUGAAAAUGAAUAUGGUGCUGCUUUGAUGGAAUUGGAAAGAAAGGUGCCACCUCCAGAGAACAAACCAAGUGCGAAUCAAGAAGAUGGAUUCCGAUCAUUUAGAACUCAUCUUGUACUGGUAUGGUUAGCUUGUAAUGCAUCCUUAGUAGCCAUUGUUACUUCAACAAAAUACGAGACACUCUAUAUUCCUUCAGCUGGUAAUACUUAUAUGUUGGUGAUUUUAUGGACAAAUGCAGGUUUGGCCGCAUUCAAGUUUAUCAAUGCUCUCAUCUUCCUUAUCUUACGGUUAUUUAGUAGUACUUAGUUAUAGAUCUUUCCUUUUUUUUUUUAUUAGACCAUCAUUAGUUUGGAUUUUUACCUUCCACUUUAUUUUUUUUUUAUCUUUAUUCUUUUUUUUUAUUUGCUUUUAAUAAAU